AUGGCUUCAUUCCCUGACUCCGACUUGAAGACAUGCCCCCUAUGCAAAGAACUGUGCUGCUCCUCUGCUCCGCUCUCCUCCAACUCUUCUACCUCCUCGUCCUCGUCUCAUACCUCAACUAGCUCAUCCUCCAGAAGGCUCCACGUCCUCCCAUGCCUCCAUGCCUUCUGCAGGCAGUGUCUGGAGGGCCAGCGGAACCCCGGAGACCCCUUGACACUCCGGUGCCCGACUUGUGACCGAAAGGUUCUAAAGCCCAUAUCAGGAGUAGAUGCCUUGCCCUCGUCAAACUUUUUAUUUAGCAACAUGUUGGAUGCCGUGGUAAAUUCGUCUGAGGAGCAAAUCAACAAUACUGUUAGCAGCAGGGGCAACAACUUUUCUCACAGACACAGCAGAGAGACCCUGUGCAGCUCUUGCAACGAGGGCAACCCCGCUACUUCUCACUGCCGAGACUGCCAGGAGUACCUUUGUAACAACUGUGUAUGGGCACAUCAGAGGGUCCGGCUUACCAAAGACCAUUUCAUUGAUAGACUAGUGGAGAGUCUGUUUCACCAACACCUGGGGAACCGAACCAACAACUCUAACAACAUUCCUACUGCCACUCUGAGCCGGUCCUCCUUCCAGUCAAGCUACUCUCUGCUGCCGUUCUUUCAGGACAGGCUGAGUUUCUGCCAGGAGCAUGACAAUGCGGUUCUGCAUUUCUUCUGUGACACGUGCUCCGUGCCUGUCUGUGGGGAGGGCAGUGUGGAUUGUCACUCGGGCCACAGCCUCCGCUACCUCCAGGAUUCCCUGCAGGACUCCAGGACCCUCACAAUCCAGCUACUGGCAGACGCCCAGCGGGGCAGGCACGCUGUACAGCUGAGCAUUGAGAAAGCCCAGGCCGUUGCCGAGCAGGUGGAACUGAAGGCCAUGGUGGUCCAGUCAGAGGUCAAAGCCAUCACAGAGCGUCAUAAGAAGGCCCUGGAGGAACGAGAGUGUGAACUGCUGUGGAAAGUUGAGAAGAUCCGUCAGGUGAAAGCCAAGUCCCUCUAUCUCCAGUUAGAGAAGCUGCACCAGAACCUGACCAAGCUGGACAGCACCAUCGCUACAGUAACCCAGGUCCUAGAGAAGGGCAGUAGUUUGGACCUGCUGCUGGCCAGAGAGAGCAUGCUCCUCCAGAUCACAGAGCUUAAGGCCCUCAGGGAGCUGUUACUACCGCAGGAUGAUGAUCGCAUCCUGUUCACCGCCCCCGACCAGACCUUGCUCCUCGCCAUCCAGUCCCUAGGUCUGGUCAGCUCUGGGGCCUUCGCCCCCCUCACCAAGGCCCAGGGAGAGGGGCUUUGUCGGGGCUUGCAGGGUAAGCAGGCUUCCUUCACUGUGGUGGGGUAUGAUCAUGAUGGAGAGCUCAGGCUGUCUGGGGGGGACGGUGUGUCAGCUGUGAUGGUGGCGCCCGAUGGUAACCUGCUAAACGCUGAGGUGACCGACCAUCAGAACGGGUUGUACACGGUCAGCUACCUGCCCAAGGUAGAAGGAGAACAUCUGGUGUCAGUCCUUAUCUGCAACCAGCACAUCGAAGGCAGCCCCUUUAAAGUGCUGGUCAAGUCUGGCCGUAGCUAUGGAGGUAUCCCCUUGCCGGUGGCCUCGUUCGGCAGAGAGGGGGACGGAGACGGGCAGCUGUGUCGCCCCUGGGGGGUGUGUGUGGACAAAGAGGGCUACAUAAUCAUAGCUGACCGAAGCAACAACAGGGUGCAGAUCUUCAAGCCGUGCGGUUCCUUCCACCACAAGUUUGGUAUGCUGGGCUCCAGACCAGGCCAGUUGGAUCGACCAGCUGGGGUGGCCUGCGACAGCCAGAGGAGAAUCAUCGUUGCCGAUAAGGAUAAUCACCGCAUCCAGAUCUUCACCUUUGAAGGCCGGUUCCUCCUCAAGUUCGGGGAGAAGGGAACCAAGACCGGUCAGUUCAGCUACCCCUGGGACGUGGCGGUCAGCUCGGAGGGAAAGAUCCUCGUCUCAGACACCCGGAACCACCGCAUCCAGCUCUUCAGGCAGGACGGCACCUUCCUCAACAAGUACGGCUUUGAGGGGGCUCUAUGGAAACACUUGGACUCCCCCAGGGGCGUGGCCUUCACUCAGGAGGACCACCUGGUGGUGACAGACUUCAACAACCACCGUCUGCUGAUCAUCCGGUCGGACUGCCAGUCGGCCCGCUUCCUGGGAUCAGAGGGAACCGGUAACGGUCAGUUCCUGCGGCCGCAGGGCGUAGCAGUGGACCAGGAGGACCGCAUCGUGGUGGCUGACUCCCGGAACCACCGGAUCCAGGUGUUCCAAACCAACGGUAAUUUCUUAUGCAAGUUGGGGACUCAGAGUAGCAGCUUUGGACAGAUGGAUCGCCCGUCGGGUAUAGCUGUUACUCCAGACGGAAGGAUUGUUGCCGUGGACUUUGGAAACAACCGAAUCAUUAUGUUCUAG